GUGCUGGAGUCAGAGCAGAUCCCCACCAGCUGCAACCUGUUCCAUAAUCAAGACCUCUACAAAUACUCAGUCCUGCCACUUCCACACUGCCAGAUCGUAAUCUCUGCUCAGUCAGUCUACGGUUCUAGCCGUUUGUUACUAUUCUGAUCCUGUUAUCAUGUUGUGCCUGUUUUCCUUGCCUGACGCUGUUUUCAGCUACAGUUCUGCCCGCUUUGACUCUAGUUCCUGUCUCCAGUCCCACGUCUCGUCAUCCUGCUACUGGAUUCCCCACUCUACUACUCCCUUGGAUUUCCCUCCGGACCUGCUCACCCUGUCUCAACCCCCUUCGCUCCAGCCUCAGCCUCAGCACCUGGUUUCCACCAGUUUUCCCCUGACCUGCACUCCACCUUCCCCCUGUGUUUCAAUAAAUACCUUGGUUACUUCAUCCCAGUCUCCUUGUCUGAGUCUGCUCUUGGGUUCCCCUGUUCCACUCCGCGUAACAGUACGAUCUGGCCAAAGAGAUGAACCCAACAGACUCUGCUACUCUCCACCAAACCCUCGUCGGCCAAGGCGCCUUGCUCGAGCAACAUGACCAAGCCCUGAAGACCCUUCUGGAGCACAUCAAGGAGUUUUCACAGAGCCUGUCUGACCUACAGGGCCGACCUUUCGCCCAGAGCUUACAACCAGUUCCAAGUCCUUCUCCUCCGCUCUGGGAGCCGUUUGUUUCGACUCCCGAGCAUUACGAUGGCAAACUCGGAGCUUGCAGAGCCUUUUUGGUACAAUAUUCACUAGUAUUUGAGCAACAGCCCUACUCUUAUGCUAGAGAACGGGCCAAGAUUUCCUAUCUGAUUGGUUGCCUCCGUGGAGCAGCGCUUUCCUGGGCCAUGGCGGUGUGGGAGAGACAGUCCCCCAUCUGCUUCUCCUACUCCAGAUUCACGGAGGAGAUGAAGAAAGUAUUCGACCCCCCGGUCUGCGGUAAGGAUGCCGCUAAACGACUCCUGUCCCUCCGUCAAGGUCCCCAUAGUGUUUGCUGAGAUGGCAUGUGCGUUCCGCACCCUCACUGCUGAGAGCGGCUGGAAUGAGGAGGCCCUUCAGGGAGCAUUCAGGAACGUGCUCACUGAGACCCUCAAGGACGAGUUGGUGUCCAGGGAUGAGCCUGAUGGACUUGAUGAACUCAUCUCUCUCGCUAUC